GAGGUAAAAGGUUUCAGAAUCUCCUAUCACUUUUAUCGACCAUUGAUGAGGAAAAAUUCCACCUCAUCUGCGAGUGCCAUGCACACAGAGAGAGGGGCAAUGGCGCACGUGAAGCGUCGCGUCGCGACCACGAUUCAUACACACAAUCUUAACGUACGCGAGCGAGUUUCACGCGUGUGCAUCCUUUCAUUGAAUUUGAACCGGUUGCCCAUUCUUGUAUUAUAUUUCGUCACGUGCGUAACCGCGUCCGCAAACAUCGUUCUCAAAAGUAAUUCGCCAAAAUAAAUAUUUGCCGAGUCGAGCACUUGAUCAUUUGAUUUUGAAUUUUUCUCUCUUUUUUUGACCAUUCAACCAACAAUCGUUUGGAAAAUCUUUUCAUCGUGCUGUGCAUAAGUGUACCUAGUUCAUCGAGGUACAUAUUAAAAAAGACACCUUAAAUUGAAUUUUUUCAUAUCGCAAUCAUGACUACGGACGGUUGACGUGUUUGUGUACGGUACGGUUUUGGUUUCUGAGUAUUUGUGAUAUCGAGCAGCAUCUUCAAAGAACUUCAGACGUGUUUAAGAAGCAAUAUCUGUAGACCAACAUGACCAAUGCUACAACCUUUGCGGCCAUUUACCUGUAUUUUUGGCUAAUUGGAGGAUUAACAGGAAUCUUCUGCAUAAAAGAAUCCACCAAUGGCAGCAGUACGAUAAAAAAUCAAACAAUCAAAGCCGAAAAGAGAACCUUGAUCGGCGGCAGUGAUCGUAUUUCGCAAACCGAACGUAACCGAAGACUAAUCCCUUACGCUACGUAUUACAUCGCAGGUAGCAGCGCAUCAGCAGCAGGAGGAUCUCUCGACCAAGAAAACUCGUUGCUGAGCACCGCUGCACCGACACAAUCGACCGAAGAGCAAGACCAAGAGGAUCCAGUUCAAUCCAAAAGACCGCUAAAAAUCCCAUAUAAAGCUGCGGAAAACAACGAAUACUACGACUAUCAGGAUACCAACGAGUACAGCUACAUACCAGUAGCUUAUAUCCCCGGAGCUGGUCCAUCUCGAGGAAUAAAUUACAACCCCGAAACUCACUAUUACCCUAACUCGUACUAUCAGAGUCCCAUAUCGACUGAAAAUGCGAAAUAUUUAUACCCAACGGCGAAACCUACAGCUAAACCGACUCAACAACCAGUUAGUACGACUACCGAUAGGAAAUUCCCAUUUUCGUAUUUGACCAAAUACGUGGCUCAACAAAGUGCUCAAGACGACUAUUACAAGUAUCUCGUCACUCCGGCUACGUUAAAGCAUCAAAUUAACUACGAAAUCAAGAAACCAGCCGGAGUUGCUUCUGCUGCGGCUGCUGCGUAUUACUCGGGUGAUGUUUCUUCGGCUGUAGUCAGCACACCAGCUCCUCAAUCCGAGUACUUGAACUUUAGGUAUAAUUUAUACAAAACGCAAGCUCCCAAAUACGACGUCACAACGACCCCUUCAACGGUCGAAAUCACAAGUCCGAAGCAUUAUCUGGUCAAUAAAGUGGUCUCUUCUACGUACCCGAGCCAAGGCAUCGCUCAUGUAACCACUCCAUACGCUGUAACCUACGAUUACCCGGAAGAGCAGUACGCAGCUCAUACACAGACAGCUAAACCUGUCACUAAAAUACCCGAACAAGUCACACAGUCGACUAAAACACUGAUGACGAUAAUGAAAAGCCAAGAAUUACCUUACCACCUGCAGCAGCAGCAGCAACAUCUACAACAACUACACCAUCAUCAUCAUCAUCCUCAUCCUCAUCACAAUAUACCAACUAGAAUACAAUUCGUUCCAAAACCAUAUCUCGUACCGACCAUAAAUACACCCACCGGAGGAGCCGCUGUUAUCGAUUACACCGUCGACGAUAUUUUGGCCGGAUACAAUAUCAAUAAACAAUUACCAGAAAAGAUAACAGCCGAUAAUAUUAAACAAAGCAUCAAAACGUUAUCGUAUAUUUUGCAAGUACUGCAAAAGGCUGACUCCAUAUCGCAUUAUACGAAUAAACCUCACACAUCGAUAGCACCGCAUUUCAAUUCCAAGGAAAUAUUCGAUAGUUUGAAAGAGUCGCCUCAUUCUGCCAUUACUCCUAUUGAACAUAAUUCUGUUAGUCCUUUACCUCAUCAUGUGCAUUCGUACGAUCCGUACGAUGAUACGCCGAAAGAACCUAUACCGACGACGCCAUUUGUUCAUAAAGCACCCCUCAAGGAUGACCAAAGUACACCAGGAAGAGCUGGAAUCGAUUAUCCAGUUUUGUCAGUCAUUCCUGAGACGACUUUUAAUUGUAAAACGCAACGAUACAAGGGUUUUUUUGCAGAUCCGGAGACUAAAUGUCAGGUAUGGCAUUACUGCGACUUGAACGGAGGCCAAGCUUCAUUCCUAUGCCCAAACGGAACGAUUUUCAACCAAGCUGCACUAACUUGCGACUGGUGGUUCAAUGUGAAAUGUGCAGCAACGCCUCAGCUUUACGUACUCAACGAACGUCUGUACAAAUACAUCAUCCCAGUACGUCCGAGCUUCCCAGAAGACUACUCCGGUCCGUUGGUCGACCAAUACUUGACAGAAAAAUUCAAAGAAAUAGAAUCACAACGAAAACAUAAAUAUCCCACCAACACAACGACGAGUAAAAUCGAAGCGGCGGCUAAUCUUACGGCGCUCAGCGAGUACGAUAUUCCAUCGCAUUUACUCGACGAAAAUCUCUGAUCGACUGCCCGUCCAGGGAAUACGAUGUAAUACUACUUCGGCUGUGAUUUGUUGUUGCACGUUCAUAUUUCGUCAGCAGGAAUUAUUAAUUUAAUGGCGAAUCUACUUUGUGCCAAUGUUCUAAAUUCAGUUUACUUUCAUUGUGUAAUUAUUAUGUACUAUUACGUACGUGUAAAUAAUAUUAUUGUGUGUAAAUAAAUGAGAUUUCAGUA